ACUCUUUCUACAGUGUGGACUGUCUGACAAACACUUUGGCCAGAUUUUGAUUGAUUUUUAUUAUUUUUUAAUAAUAAUAGUUUUGGGGUGUUUUGCUUUUGAGUUUUAAGUCUUCUUCAGAAUAUACUGUGCUGAACUUUGACCUCAUGAUGUUUGUAUUCAGCGCCACUUUCUUGCUCAUUGUGUCCUGCUGCAGUUUAUUUUCCACAGCAGAGGACAUGCUGACCUGUGAUCUUGACAAUCAAGUACAGCGGCUUCAGUGUGAUAAUGGCCUGAUCCUGAUCCACAAUGUGACCAUGAGUCACAGGGAGUCAGAGGCUUGCGUCAAUGGACUCCGGCCGCCUCACCUGAAGCCACCGAUCUGCUCCACAACCCCGGUCCUUCACAAGAUCUCAACCAGGUGUAAUGGUCAGUACAAGUGUUCUAUUCCAAUGAGUUUGUGUCACUCGUCUGAACCCUGCCUGACUAGAUGUGUUUGGAUGGACACAUCAUACACCUGUCAACUUGGGAAAAUCAACCAGGUUUGUCAGAAAAGGAAGGCGUGGCUCUACUGCGGGUCACAGGUCAUCAGAGUAUUGAUGGCAAACUAUGGUAGGACCAGUAAAGUGGUGUGUAAGUACCAUGCCCCCCACAGUUUUCCACCUAACACCAAAUGCAGAGACGGCAACACCCUGAAGGUGAUGGCUGCCAGAUGUGAUGGCAAACAUAAAUGUUCAGUUCGAGCCACCAACCAGAUCUUCUCCAACCACUGUCCUGGAACCCACAAAUACCUGCAGUUCUCCUACAUCUGUGUGGAAAACUAAAGAAAAAGAAAGAAAGUGAGGAUGACAGGAAGUGAACGUAAACAUCUUCACAGUCGUCAUCUUCAGACCUUUUCUUCUUAUUCAUCUGCACAAUUGACAUGACAAAAAAAAUCUCAUUUUGAAG